CAGUCCGCUUCUUUCUCUGGUUUUAGGUCUCCACAAUCAAACUUAAAAUGGUUGGAAGGCGGUGACAAUGAAAGGAUCUCAUCUUUGUAAAAGCUCUCUCCCAUUAAUGGGUACGAAUUCGGAAGUCCUGCGAGUCCAAUUCAUUCUCACCCUCUUAGCGGGCCUCUUCAUCUAUCUUGGCCACAAGCCCACAAGAGACGGGUCCGCAUGGAAGUGCCGGCCAUGACUUAGGCCCAGUCAAGGGUUGGCAUAUGGAGGCUGGGGCGACCAAGCUCACUUUAGUGGAGGAGUUGGAGAUGGAGGUCGCAUAGGAGGUGGCGGAUGUGGAGGCAGCUCAGGAAGCCAAGGGGGCGAAAAUGCAGAACCAAGAAAGAAAGAGAAAUGCAGAACGGGGAACAAGAUCUGGUCUAGGAGAGAAGAAAGAAAGAAAGAAAGAAGAAAAAGUAAGAAAAAAAGAAGGACAAAAACGGAAGAAACGAAGAAUUACAAAAAGAAAAGGGAAAAGAAAAACAAAACUAAAAAACAGUAAAAAUAAUGCUAGCUGAACAUUCACGUAGACCGGAAAAUCAGAUGAUAACAUGGGAAAUAAGAACAAUGUGUUUUUUUCUCGAAAUAGGAGUAAUUACCGACAUGUUAUGACAGUAUCAGAUUUUAAGCAUAACAAUAUUUUUCAAACUUAGUACUCCCUCCGUCCCGGUCAUUUCUUCCAGUUUUCCUUUUUGGAUCGUCCCAAUUAAUUUUUCCAACUUUCCUAAAAAGGAAUUCAACUCAUACUAAAAACCCUAUUUUACCCUCCCCAAUAAAAAAACCCUUUCCCACUCCCCUUCCCUUUUACCCGUCCGCAUCCAUCUCUCUUUCUCAUUUACUCCCACCCGCAUCCCUCUCUCCCAUUUACUCACACCGCCUCCUCUUUCUCUGUCACUGCAUCCGUCUCUCUCAAUUACUCCAAUCGUCUCUCCCAUUUACUUCCUCCGUCUCCCCCUUUGUAAAUCUAUCUACCCUUCCGCCUCCCCCUCUCUCACAUUUUUAUAGAUCUAAACCCUAAUACUGUGAGUAUGGAGAAUAUUGAACACUUCAUAGUCCCUGACAGUGAAAAGGUUGUUCUUCCGGAGGAAGCGGUAGCGUUGGACACAGAUGACCCUGUAUUGGUACUCCAUCCGAGGUGCAUGGUUCAGAACUCCCCGGCAGAGGAUGCCCUCCUCAUCAUCUCGGACAGUGAAGAAGAGCUUCCCGAGGAUGUAAACGAGAAGCCUGCAGAGGUCGUGGGGGAGACGGUGGACCCAAAUCGGUUUAAAAGACGCAGAGACAUUGACAUGCAUCCUAUUCGGAGAAGUCCCCGACUGGAGGAGUUCCUAAAAAUAAUUUUGCCAAAAUGGGAAACAAUGAUGUGGGACGUGGACACAGAUCAGGGGAGUUUCUUCUACACCUUAUCUUCAUUUAUGGUUUAAUUCGUACUCUAUGUCCAUUGUGUGUAAUUUGGGGGAAGCAAUGAUGAAAAAUUGUCUUUUUUAUGUUUAUUGUGAUGCAUGUGAGUUGUACAUGGUGGUUUGGUAUUAUAAAUGAUAGUUAGGCAUACUGUGAUGAAAGUAUACCUUGUGUGUACUGGUCCUUUAUGCAUACUGACAUGAAACUGUCCCUUUGCAUACUGUGAUGAAACUAGACCUUAUGUGAUGGUUCUUUAUGCAUACUGUGAUGAAAGUAGACCUUGUGUGUACUGGUUCUUUAUGCAUACUGUGAUGAAAGUAGAC